UUGUGAACGUUAGUGCGCCUUACGCUCAGAGCAUAUGUUUGAGACCAACCGCUGGAGAUGCUCUCAGGGAAUAAGUGAUCUACACUCUCCAAACGUGCACGCCCUUGUUCUUCAGUCUUGUGUUGUUCCUGCGUCUUAUGCUGAUCCCCUCGAGCACCUUCCCUUGACGAUUGACUUCCGCAGCGCCCCCCCCUCGCGGACGCUCGCGCCUCGCCGCCGAAUCAGCUUCCUGGGCGGUGCCGUAGUCACCAGCCCACGGGAAGUCGGUGGCUGAGCACUGAGCGCGCUUGGUUCGUCCGCUCCCGCCGCCACGAGUCGUACCCGCGUCGAGAUCUCAGCCCAGAGACACUUGCCUCACAUCCUUGUCCGUGAAAGACUGAGGGCGCCGCGGCGGAGCCGCACUAGCGCCCCCGAGAACGACGACGCUUCGCCGCUCCCCGGGAGGGCGUCAC